AUGAUUUUGAAUUGGCGGAUACUAAAUUUCCUCAAACCUCUCUUCUCCUCUCAACCUGCUGAAAAUCAUAAUCAACCUGUCUGCGAGGAUCACGAGCCGAUGGCGAUGCUCGGAAAAGAUUUACAGAAAAAAAAGUUCACCACACGUAUAAACCCUCCUGAUCACCCCCCCGAGGAAUCUAGCCGAAGUUCCACACGAGGUUACAAGUCGCGUGGUGGUCCAUGGGCGACAGGAGAGACAGGAAAGACAGUAAACUAUGGAUCGCAUUCCACCCCCGCCGACAGCUUACUCUUCACCGCCAAGGGCAACGUUCCGUCAAAUUUUACUUUACCUAAGAUUCCGAAAAACUCGAAUGCGGGCUCCAAGAAGCUGUUCAGCAAUGCUGUGGGCAGUAUCAAUCAAAAUCAGAAUGCUAAGUCGUCCAACGCACGCACAAGACACUCACACCCACAGCAAGGUCCAUCCGUUUCGAGUGAACAGCAGCGGAGUGUAAACAUUCGUGGGAGGGGUAAAGGCAAGGAGAAAGUCAACGAUGCUACGAUAGACCUCACGAACGACGAAGAUCCGAUCGAACAAUUUUCCGACCAGGGUGAUCCCCCUGCCAAUUUACACAUAACCUCACGGCCCCUUCAAUCAUCAUCUAUGACAGAGGACCCGUUGCGUCUUCCUAUACGGUCAAGACAUAAUGCGCAAGUAGAGAUCAAGGGUUCCCAGGAUUUCCAAGCGAAGUCAAAUCACAAUGUCGAACGCCAGCAUCUGACCUCUCAAGGCAAAGUCAUCACAAACUCUUUUGUUCCCCAAAGAAUGUACUUAUCGGCAGAGGAAGGACUAGCCACGCUACCGUUCCCUGGAGCAUGCGCUUGCUCUCGGCUGUAUCUCGAAGGGCGCGACAUCAUAUUCGUCGGACAGCUACCGUUAAAAUUUGAAAUGAGAUUCCGGCCCCAGGAUAUUGACAAUGUGGUCCCACGGGACCUCCCGCUGCGGGUUGACCAAGCAGCCUCCCGGAUGGUCUAUCCCGAGCCCGGAUCUCAAGAGAAUAACUAA